UUCUAAAUAUACAUAUACAAACUUUCUAUGCCUUAAAUUUCAUUCUCCGGUCGCACUAGGCUACUUAACUUAAUGGCAGGCGCACGAUGAAAACGUUAUAUGCUACUAUUUUUAUUAUUUAAUUUUUUGUUGUUGCAAGUUUUCCAUUAUUCUGUCAAUGCAUUUGCAUCCCAAACACGCUGAAACGCAUCACGAAACAGCAAAAACCGUUCCCCCCCGCCGAGACGGGCAGGGAAUAAGGAGCAGAGCUCAAGGCGAACGUGAUUGGUGCUGAGGAGACCUGUGGCUCGUCGCCGGAGUGCAGCGGGAGAUUCCUCACGGAGACGCAGAGCACACCACACGCGCGCUCGCGAGGACGCGUUAAGGCUCGCCGCAUCACCCGAAGCUAAGAGUUGCAGUCCGGUAAUUAUUUCACCACAAGAAACCACCAUGGAUUGCUCCGAGGAGGUGCAGUCACUCUCUGAUGAAGCCAGCACUCCCGUCGAGUUGAAGAAAGGAAUGUCAAUAUUUUUGGAUAUAUUGAGAAGAGCCGAUAAAAACGAUGAUGGGAAGCUGUCCUUUGAUGAGUUCAAGGCUUAUUUCUCAGAUGGCGUUCUGUCAGGAGACGAAUUAAAGGAGCUCUUCCAUACAAUUGACACUCAUAACACAAACAAUGUGGACACGGAUGAGCUGUGUGAAUACUUCUCUCAGCAUCUCGGAGAAUAUGAAAACGUCCUCGCUGCCUUGGAAGACCUGAACGUUUCCAUACUGAAAGCCAUGGACAAAACCAAGAAGGACUAUCAGGAGGCCACUCAUCUGGAGCAGUUUGUGACACGCUUCCUGUUGAAGGAGACCACCAGUCAGCUGCAGUCUCUCCAGAGCUCUCUGGAGUGUGCAAUGGAGACCACAGCCGAACAGACCCGGCAGGAGAGACAGGGGCCUGUGAAGCCAGAGGUCCUGCCCAUUCAGUGGUCAGGAAGGAGAUCUAAUCGAAGACUUCAAAGGAAUAACAGCUUGUCUCCGAACAACCCACUUCUGAACCUUGUCAAUUCAGGUCUGUAUGAAGAGGACAAUCAAUGGAUAACUCAGAUCAACAGACUGCAAAAGCUGAUCGAUCGUCUGGAGAAAAAGGAGCUGCGAUUGGAGCCGGUGGAAGAAGAGGUGUUGGAAAGCUCCACCAAAUCACACAUCCUGAUCGUGCAGAGGCAGCUCUCGGUGCUGGAGGAGGAAGUGGAGGAGUUUCGUCUGGCUCUCCGGCAGUACAUCGACUGCGCCAGCGCCCAGACCGGCUGCCUUCACGUUGCAGUUCAGCGGCUUGCCAACGAGUCCCGCUUCAUUCUGUACGAAUUCUGGGAGCAAAGCAACGUGUGGAAGAAUCAUCUGCAGACCAAUUACAGUAAAACCUUCCAGAGAGGCAAUGUGGAUUUCUUAGAGACUCCGGAGGUUAUGACGACUAUGCUGGUGCCAGCAUCAUGGUGGGUCCUCAACAAUAACUAGAAUCGGUCGACUCUCGUUAAAUGACAGCAGACAUUGUGUGGACCACUCAAGCCUGGACUGACACCUGUACCCCCGUCAUCAGGAACACGCUGUGUUCAUAUUUAGUGACUAGCACUUGCUUUCAAUGUCGUUACCUUCUUAGCUCUAUAGGGGUAGUGUAAACUGUAGAGGAUCAAAUAAAGCAGCGAGAUCUUUGCUCUCCAGUGGUAGCUCUCCAAUCCCAUCAGAGAUGCGUAAGGUGUGUGUUCAUCUGUGCCGUGACAGUACAGUGUCGAGUGCUGUCUGUAGCACAGGUCUGUGUCUCCUCGCGUAGCAGCACGUCGUUCCUGACAUGACCAUUUCUUUGAGAAUAUAUACUUCUGUUCUUGUAUUUCAUGUAGUUUGUCAGCUCCGAAUGAGCAUAUGAAAUUAAUGUGACAUUAAUUUUCGUCUUACGUUUUGCCGAGUGGUUAAUAAAGUUUCUAAGUGGA